CUCAGUCGCCGGCCGCCUCGGCAGGGCUUCCCGGAGCGCGCGCUGGGCAGAGCGGCCGCCGAGCCCGAGUGACACGCGCCUCGCGGUCUGCGGCCCCGGAGAGCUCCCCGACUUCGCGCCCUGGUGGGAGCCGCCUUCCGGGGGAGACAUGCAGAUGAUGACGAGGAACGUUUUGCUAGAAGCGGAUCUGGAGGAGGACGACGACGAGGAUGGAGAUAUCGGUGAUGUUGCUGCCUCCAGGAGGCCUUUUCUGACUCCUCAUAUUCUCCUCCCAUCCAGCGUGGUGUUGGAAAACUUCGAACAGAUGAUUAUCCCCAAUUUUGGAUCACUGGAAAAUCAGCAAGAUUUCCAAACUCCAGAGUUUGAAGAAUUUAAUGGAAAAUCAGACUCCCUCUUUUUUAAUGAUGGCCAGCGAAGAAUUGACUUCGUUUUAGUGUACGAAGAUGAAAGUAAAAAAGAGACCAAUAAAAAGGGUACAAAUGAGAAACAAAAGAGAAAAAGACAAGCAUAUGAAAAUAACCUCAUCUGUCAAGGCCUGCAGCUAGAGGCAACAAGAUCAGUUUUGGAUGACAAGCUUGUAUUUGUAAAAGUACACGCACCAUGGGAAGUGCUAUGUACAUAUGCUGAGGUAAUGCACAUCAAAUUGCCUCUGAAACCCAAUGAUCUGAAAACCCGGUCCUCGGCCUUCGGUACUCUCAACUGGUUUACCAAAGUCCUCCAAGUGGAUGAAAGCAUCAUUAAGCCAGAGCAAGAGUUUUUCACUGCCCCAUUUGAGAAGAACCGGAUGAAUGAUUUUUAUAUUCUUGAUAGAGAUUCCUUCUUCAAUCCAGCCACCAGAAGCCGCAUUGUUUACUUCAUCCUGUCUCGGGUCAAGUAUCAAGUGAUGAACAAUGUUGCCAAGUUUGGGAUUAACAGGCUUGUGAAUUCUGGAAUCUACAAGGCAGCUUUCCCUCUCCAUGAUUGCACAUUUGGCUGUCAGUCAGAGGAUCCCAGCUGCCCUAAUGAACGAUACCUUCUGUACAGGGAAUGGGCUCAUCCGCGAAGCAUAUACAAAAAGCAACCCUUGGACCUUAUCAGGAAGUACUAUGGAGAGAAGAUUGGGAUCUAUUUCGCUUGGCUGGGCUAUUACACUCAGAUGCUCCUCCUGGCAGCAGUUGUGGGGGUGGCCUGCUUUCUCUACGGGUAUUUUAAUCAAGAAAACUGUACAUGGAGCAAAGAAGUUUGUAAUCCUGAUAUUGGCGGACAGAUCAUAAUGUGCCCUCAGUGCGAUAAGCUCUGUCCAUUUUGGCAACUCAAUAUUACUUGUGAAUCAUCGAAGAAAUUAUGCAUCUUUGACAGUUUUGGAACCCUGGUCUUUGCAGUAUUUAUGGGAGUCUGGGUUACCUUGUUUUUGGAGUUUUGGAAGCGGCGCCAGGCAGAACUUGAGUAUGAAUGGGAUACGGUUGAGUUACAGCAGGAAGAACAGCCCCGGCCAGAAUAUGAAGCCCAGUGCACCCACGUGGUAAUCAAUGAGAUCACUCAGGAAGAAGAGCGUAUCCCCUUUACUACCUGUGGAAAAUGUAUUCGAGUAACCCUCUGUGCCAGUGCUGUCUUUUUCUGGAAGGCACGUGAAGGGUUAAUACCUUUACACAGAGUCCAGAGCACCUGUAAGAUAACACCACAGAUCUCAGCAGCGACAGAGAGAGAACGUGAGUGCACAUUUACAAAAAGAAGAUGUAGUGGGCAAUAAGCAUGGAACCUCAACAGUAAGUAAAUCAUUGCACAUUAAAAUGAGGUGCAAUUUUUCAUCUCUCAAAGAAGGUUUCAUGUUUGUGAAGAUGGAGUACAGAAACAACUAUUCUUAUACUAUGCUAGAAUUUUAUUUUGCUCUAGCUUUCCUAGAGAGGAGUUUGACAACAUGUAUCAAGAAUCUUGGAUAUUUGUAUGUGUGCUUUAAUCCACUA